AUAGUUUCAAGACUUCAGCAAGCACCCAAAGCUGCGCAGCAUUGCACCAAAAUACCGACCGCAUAUUCUCAACCUUUACAAAGUUCUCUUUGCCGGACUCGGAGUCAACGAAGCAUCAGUGCCUCAUUCCAAAUCCUCUGAAGGCAACAGCCACACUCAACUACCCAUAUCAAGAACGUGUCUAGCCUGUAUCCGAAUCCUGCCGUUCGAAGCCUCCAUUUUCAUCCCAAACAACACGUCAACCGUUUUAUUGAUUUAUACAAUACACAAUCGGAUAAAAUUUAGAGCCGGAAAAUAGUAUAUCAAAGUUCGAAACUAGAGCGAGAAUCCGGUCAACGGACCUGAUCGCGUUCUCUUCCGUGGAGAGUAAAGAAACCAGUUAGAAAGCCCUUGAUUUGGCCCAGCCUUUUCCAGGCGUUUUGAAGCAUUUUCCUGAAUCGUUGAAAUUGGUGUGACCACAUUCAGCAGAUCAGCCAUCCAUCAGCCGCCUCUGCACCAUACACGAGAUCUGAGCAAUCAAGAAAAAGGCCACACGCACGCUUUACCUUUUUAGCGGACUACUGCCAUUCUUCUUUGCCCAGUACAAGUUACUUUAAGUUACUCAUAAAACCUGCAAGUGCCUUCUAGACCCACCAUUUGUUCAGUUAAAAGGUUCGACCAUUCGGGUGGCUGCAUAUCUUCUGGCAAUCCGUAAAUCCUAUCGAGCAUCCAAGAAACUUCAAAUUCUUUGUCCGAGUUUCCUUUAGAAUCGUUAUCGACACUUACUAUUUUAGUUUCACGCUCCCGAGACCUUGUUCAGACGAUUUACGCCUCUGCCCUAGUUAUUUCUAGAGCGCGGGAACUUGAGAUCGCUAGUCAAGAUCUUUGGAAAACAAGCGUUGUUGAAAAAGCAUUCAGCUCUGAAACUAUUUCGUCGACUAGCCUGUUCUACUCAAGUUCUAUUACUUAAACUCGGCAUCUCAUCAUUAAUCGUUUUAAGUCGUUGUCGAUCGAACUUUAAUUCUUCCCAAUAACGGAAACAGAAAAGGAGCCACUCUACCUAAGAGAUCUAGGGUACGGUACCAAGAUCUAUCUAACAGACUACCACUAUCCACCCAAUACUUUGUCACCUAAGUCUAUCUUUCAAGAUACUCCACUUCUAUCGACAGUUCUCUGACCGAUUAUCAUCCAUUUCCUCGAAUCUUCAUAUAGAUACGCAGCGUAACAACACUCAAGUUCUCGCUCUUCUUCACAACCUCAUCACUUUUAAGAUUUCUACAAUUUCCAUGGACCCAGCCUUCUACAAUAUUCUCGAUAAUCAAUAGUAGAACUUCUCAAUUCAUAGAAGCUUCUGCUCAGCGUUCUUGUGGUGUUUGAUAGCAUCUUUUAGCCUUACUCCUCCCCCACCGCCAAACUGGCCUACUCAACUUACACCUUGUUCGACUCCGAACACCUAUCUUCUGGUAGACCGAUAAUAAUUGACGAAACUUAUCCAUCACCAGAGACUACAGCCUUACACGAAGGAGGGUACGAGGGAGCCCUUGUGCCCCGGGCGGAUUCCCCGACAGAUAUCCUGUCAAUGUCUGCCUACGGGAAGCCGCAACCGCCACAGCUUCAUGGCUACGAAACUGCUCGAUCCUAUCCAGAGAAUGCAUUCCCAUAUCAGACCCCUUCAUAUGGGACGCAGUCUUCGAUUCCAACAUCUACUCCGGCAUCAGUCUACCACAAUGCCGGGCAGAUGACUCCGCUAGGUUAUGGAUCGGGUAGCACACGUACUACUUACGAUGAGCAAUCGGGACCUUACUUGAAUGUUGGGUCUACGCCGAUACCCGAAGUUACAUCGUUCUCCCCCCAGCGGGGAAGUCAGGGUACUCCAGUGAGCGUCUACGUAACUACUUUGUACGAGCUAUUAACCUCAAACUCGCCGACCUUUUAUUUGGUGUUUGGACAACAAAAAUGCCAGGCUUCAGUAAGAAAAAUGAAUCAGUCAGGAGGGGUUUGCAACUAUAUUGUGACCUGUGAAGUCCCUCAAUUCGCAUCUACAAAUUGGUCCUCUUCUCGAGUACCAGUGUCAAUGUUCAUGGAAGGCGAUGGAGAUGUUAUUUCCAAGGUGGAUGUCGGAGAUUUCACUUUCGAAAGCGAUGUACACUCACUCGAGGGAACGAGGAAGAGGAAAAUCUCGACUGAAUCCGCGGAAUUGAUGAGGAGCCCCCCCAAACGUAACUCCCAACAGCUGAAGCCAAAGGAGGAAUUUCCUUAUGCAUUCUCUUCAAGUGAUGGCUCGCCAUCUUCUUACUCACCAUAUCUUCAAGCAAGUUCUGCCUACAGCAACAUGAUGCCUCAGUACAAUAGAUCCGGUGCCUACUCAACAACCCAGUCAGCGCCUAGAAAUAUGGGCUAUGGAUAUGGAAGUUCUUCAACAGCGUCGCCACCCACCCUAAAAGCUCAUUCUCCGCACGUAUCAUCCUGGAAUUCUGGCUACGCAACGAUUGGUUCGAGCAUGGCGCGAAGCCCUGGAUUGCCAUCCAACUCAAUGCAUCGAUCAAAUAUGUCAUCCUUGCCAUCUCCUGGCAACCCAGCCUUGAUAAGAACUUCGACCUUGCAAUCCUCAAGUCCGGGUGCCACACCUCAUGCAGGCCACACGUACAAUCCUUACCCAAUGUACGCAAAUAAGGCGAAAUUGGAGAUUAGUGGAGAUUUAGGUGAUAUGAUGGUAAAUAAUUGGACUGCAGAAGAAUGGGAAUCAAAGAGGCGACUUGUUCAAUUCAAACGAUCACAAUCUGGUUGCACGAUUACGACAACUUUCAACGCUAUAUCAGCCGAUGAACGACCGCCUCAAUCCGUUGUGAUCAGCUGCAUAUACUGGGAAGAAAAGAAUGAUUGUUAUGUCACAAGCGUGGAUACUAUUACUCUACUGGAAUCACUAGUCGCGGCAAAGUUUACAGUGGAGGAAAAGAACAGGAUACGGAGAAAUCUGGAAGGGUUCCGACCUGCAACUGUAUCCAAAGGAAAGCCUGACAGCGAGGAAUUUUUCAAAGUCAUCAUGGCGUUCCCUAACCCCAAGCCUCGUAACAUUGAAAAGGACGUCAAGGUCUUUCACUGGAAGGAUUUAGGUCCCGCUUUGAAGAAGAUUAUCAGCAAAUAUUCCGCCAGUCCUGCUUCAACUCUUCCACCCACACAUGCUCCUGCCCUUCUGACACCUGUUAGCUCCACUGGUUACGCUGCGGAAGCUUCGUCUGCAGGCUUACCGUACACAAGUGAUCAUCAUGGAGGAAUCUCACCCCGAUCAAUAUCAGGAUCAACAACUUCUACAUCUUACAAUUCCAACAUGCCCGCACAAAGAGCAAUUUCACCGCAAAGUCAAAAAUCCAUAGGGUACCAGGGUGGUCCCCCCGAUUUAAGAAUCGCAGUACCACAUGGUGCACAAGAAUCGAGUCAUUGGCCACAAGGAACUGCACAUCACAUGCCUACACCACAACAACAAUAUCAAGCACAACUUGGAAAUGCGGCAGCCGUAGCAGCAAGCGCUAGAGGCUCAUGGGACUUGUCGAAUUAUCUUGAAAAUAGUUCCGCGACUGCCGCCGGCACUUCGGGUACAGGGGUUGAUUAUCAAGGUCAAGGUCAACAACAUCAGACGCCGAGAAACGUUGUAGAUGCUUCAAUGGCUGGUGGGGGUAAUGGAAAUCGCGCUUUAUCUUCGCUUCAACAUCAACAGCAGAGUCAGCAGAUACCGCGUACUUGAAUCGUGAAUCGAUUGCGCGGUCCUAUUGGAUGAGAGGUGUAAGCUGAUGAAGCCAAAUUAUGGGCUCAUUGCAUCACAUCUGAUAGGGAACCUGGGAUUCCGUGGGUGUGUAUUAUGAGAGCCUUGAGUGGGUGUCUUGUGCUGUGGUGCUUUUUCAUUCUUUCUCUACCGUUUUUCGAGCGAUGGAAUCCAUUGGUCAUGGGGUGGUGUUUCUCUCUCAACAUGGGGUAUGAAAGCGGGUUAGUGCGAGAUGAUGGAUGCUCAUUCGGCAGAAGUUAUCUCGUAUUACCCUCACAUGCACAUUCAUGCAUCAACAUACCUUGCACAAAUCCAUGCACUACCACCAUGACAACCCUUGCUGCACAUCAAUUUAUCUCUAAUCGACAAAGCGACCUAUCAACAUAGCCAUUACCUUCGAAACGACUAUUAUCUACAUUCAAGGCAUACAAAGAUACAUCUUGGUUGUUUUGUCGUUAUACUUGCUUCUCUAAGCGACUUGCGUCUCACGAAACACUUUUGUUUAUUCGUUGCUUUCGAUGGAUCUAAGCAUACUACCAUGGCUCGUUACGACUUUAAUAUCCACUACUUCCUACAACUGCCACAAUUCUACUACCUUGUUACCUAUUACGACUAUACUAUAUAUCGAUAUACGGCUGGAUCCUCUGAUGGCUACAUUCAUCCUCCACACCCUCUUCCAAUCCAUUCAUCCCACUCUACGCGAUCAUCUUUAUUCUAUAACACAGCCACCAUACUACCAUGUUACCGCCACCCGCUUAUUUUCUUGUUUCUUACUGUUUACAUGCAUGACUAUCUAUCUUCAGAUUACUUAUCUAUCUUACUCGUGUAUCACCUGAUGCACUACGACACUACCACACCCAGGUUCGAAUAUUCUCUCAAUACUUAAUUUAGACUUCAUUGCGUAUGUUUUUUCUGGAUGGGAAGGGGCGAAACGGGGAUGGCUCUGGCAGGACUUAUUAAAAAUCAUUGGUGGUGUGGCGUUUAUCAAUCCAGUUGCUAUCUACUGCAUCUUAUCGUACUAGCAUAUACCAAUAUUCCCUUUGGCCACUUACCUUGCGUUAUUUUCCCCUGUUUUCUUGCUUUGGACUUCUUAUUCGUAUCAGUGCUACAUGUGCUUUAUUCGAUGGCUUUUCUGGCAUUCCGAAAAGAUCUUGUUUCAUAGCAUCAUAUGGCAUCAUCACUGGCACACAUAUCAAAUGAGCAAGACCUGCCUACCUAUCUUGGAUGCCAUCCCUAGCUAUGGAAUCUACCCUUGCUUGCUUGGCAUAUCCUUGCACGAUUUGGAGAAGUAUGCACAGCUCGCAUUGCAUUGUGCAUAUUGCUUGCAUGGAAAUAACUCCCGAGCAUCACGGAUUUUAGCCUAUUUCGCGUGGAUUGGCCAAUACACCAUACUCUACGAUAAAUUGGACACAAGAACGCCCAUGCGUAACUCUGUGUUCUCGUUAAUAACGGGUUAUCAUUACUUUGAAGGACCAUCGAUAGAUCGACUUUAUCGCUCCACAGUCAGCGUUUUACGACAAGAGGGUGGGCUUGCAGAUUUGUCACGGUCUCUCUUCGCUGCCGCUUUAUCUCCGAUCUAGCCAGAACAGAUCUUCAGUCUUCUGGUUUCUUUACAAUUUGUCUAUUACUACUUAGCCUGCUUUGAUUUGCUUUGCAUUCUUCUGCGUAGCAGAGGUGUUGAGGAGAAAUAUAUCUGCAUCGUUACUAGAUACCAUUUGAGCGACUCCGUCAAGUUAGUUGAGACAUCAAUUUGUUUUCCUUUCAUUUACAUCAGUUUCCUUUACGUUUUAUUUGUCAUUCGGGGUUUACAUAGCUAGCGGGUCAAUCAUCUUCCAUUUGUAUUGGACUGGACACACUGGCGGUAGGGGCCAAGCCGCAGUGGGGCAUUAUAGGUUCGCAUAGGAGAGGAGUUGUUCGGUCACCAAAAAAUACGUGUUUUUCAUUCUUUUGUUUGGGUUCUGAUGUGGCUUGGUUUGGGAGGGUCGGAUGGAUGUGCUGGGUACAUUUUGCGUGAUUUGGACUAAAGCAAGGUUUUGAUUUUUGUGGAAUUACGGGGUACACAUCUGUAUGGUAUCGCGAGAUCUUAAUGGGAAGGGAAUGAGAGAUCUCGCUCGGUAGAGAGUUGAGUAUGGAUUAGAUGGGGAAUGACGAGGAGAUCGACGAGAUGAGAUGAGAUGAGAUGAAAGAAUAAAUUUAUUUUACUAUCUAUCUAUCUACUAUAUACUGCCUAGGCAUUUUAAUUGGUUGUAGGCCUUGCGUUACUUAAUUCUUAAUAAAAGAUCUU